AUAACAGUGGAUAUGGACAAGACUUCCAUGGACAAGUUUGUGUUUGCCAUUGCCUCCAAAAAAUCAGCUCUAAGAUUACAUAAAGAAAUGAAUGAUCUGAGUCAGUUUGCCGAGAAGAGAAGUCUAGACAGAUAUGAAGUCCCGUCUAGUUAUCAGAUGUUAAGUGAAAUUGGUGAAGCCAAUCAAAUCAUCCUUGAUAAAAAGAAAGCACAAUUCUUGACAGAUUUUGAUGAAACUUGGUUAUAUUAUUCAGCAUCACCUCAAAAAGUUCAAAAGAAGUGUAUGUCUGAAGAAACACCCAGUAAAUUACCAGAAACCAAAUCUGUUUUACUUUUCUGUUUUAAUGUACCAACCAAGGGUAAAACGAAACCAUACGACAUGGAGUUUAUUAAACCAUUGAUGCAUCUAGUAUUUUACAGUAUUGAUAAAGUCUCACGAUUAACUCUUGGAAAGGAGGCUAGAGGAAAAGCUGACAAGAAUCGCCAGAAGGCUGAAGAAGUUUUUCUGAAGUCCAUUCAUUCUCAACGUCAAGAGGCAGCUCAGUCUCGACGGGAAGAAAAACGCAGAGCUGAAAAAGACAGACUAAUGAACGAGGAGGAUCCUGAAAAAGCUCGAAAACUUGAAGAUAAAGAAGCUAAAAGAGAAUUAAAAAAGAAAAUUCCUAAAGUUAAGAUGAUGAAGGUA